CGACUAUACUUACUUUCACGAAAGGCUGAACAUUAACGGUUCGUAAUACUAGUCCGGGCCAAGUUGAAGGUUUUACCGGUAAUUUUUCACACAUCAACGUUUCACCGCGGGCACGCUCACAGCGCAGGUGGAGGUGACAUUGUAACGUUGGGUGUAUAUGUACAUAUAUGUUGUUUCGAACAUCAGCUUUGCUUGGUCCAAGUUUCCUGAUUCGAGUUCGGCUUGCAGUUGCACCAUCAAUAAAGCAGAUCAGAAGAAUGGCUGAACUGACAACGGCUCAGGUGGAAGCUUUUAAGACAGAGUUCGAGGCAGACCCCAAGAACAAAUUGGCACAGAAUGUAGCUUGGAAGUUUGAUCCCUUGGAGGUCUGUGUGGAUCCCAGGCGACUUCAAGAGGCACACCAUGCCUUCAGAUACAAGAUUCCAGACACCAAGCCAAUGACAAACCAGAAGAACAGUGGUCGAUGCUGGAUCUUCGCCUGCCUGAACGUGGUGAGGGUCCCCUUCAUGAAGAAACUCAACCUGGAAGACUUUGAGUUCAGCCAGUCAUUUCUGUUCUUCUGGGACAAGGUCGAGAGGAUGAACUACUUCCUCCACACCUUUGUAGACGUCUUCCGCCGUGGCGAGCCCGUGGAGGGCCGGCUGGUCAGCUUCCUGCUGCAGGACCCGACCUGCGACGGCGGCCAGUGGGACAUGCUGAUCAACCUGGUCAGCAAGUACGGUCUGGUGCCCAAGAAGUGUUUCCCGGAGUCACACACGUCCAACGCCUCACGGCGGAUGAACCUCAUCCUGAAAACCAAGGUGCGGGGAUAUGCCAAAGAACUUCAAUCAAUGGUAAAGCGCAAUGCCACCGAUGCGGAGAUCUACAAAGAAAUCAACAAGAUGGUUGGGGAGGUUUACCGUAUAUGUGCAGUAUGUUUGGGAACCCCUCCCUCGACUAUCAUGUGGGAAUACCAUGACAAGAACAAGGCCUACCACAAGAUUGGACCGAUCACCCCCAAGGCGUUCUACGAAGAAUACGUCAAACCAGUCUACGAUCUGGAGAAUAAGGUUUGCCUCGUCAACGAUCCUCGACCGACCAGCCCCUUCGGCAGGGCACUGACCGUGGAGUUCCUGGGGAAUAUGGUCGGUGGACGCAAGACCAUCUACAACAACCAGCCCGUGGAUCUGCUCAAGAAAUUCGCCGUGGAGAUGAUCAAGUCCGGAGAACCUGUGUGGUUUGGCUGCGACGUGGGCAAGCAUUUCAGCGGCAAAACUGGACAAUUAGAUACCAAUAUAUUGAACUUUGACCUCGUAUUCGGCGUGUCCAUGCUGGAUCUGGGCAAGGCCGAUCGUCUGAUCUUUGGCGAAUCUCUGAUGACUCACGCCAUGUCCCUCACAGGGGUCACCACCGAAGAACAGAAGGAAGGUGACACUACGACUACCCGACCCACCAAAUGGAGAGUGGAAAACUCCUGGGGUGAAGAGAGGGGGGACAAAGGCUACCUGCUGAUGACGGACGACUGGUUCUCGGAGUUUGUCUACGAGGUGGUCGUGGACAAGAAGUUCGUCUCGGAGGAGGUGAUGGGGGUCUUUGAGCAGAAGCCGCUGGUUCUACCCGCCUGGGAUCCCAUGGGGGCGCUAGCAUAGGUAUUCAACGGUCUUUAAAGCUGUCGGAUUUGUUUUUCCCAUGGCGGGGGAGGUGUGACUCCACCCCAUACUCUCUUUAGCCUCUUUCCGUACUACUUUUUAGUACAAUGGCAUUUCAGAGAUUUAUACAAUGGUAAUUCCAAGAAUUUUUCAUCACUUAGUGAGCAAAACUUGCUCAAAUUUUUCUCCAUACAAUACAAGUUCCGUGAAAUUGUGACUCCAAUCUUUUACCUCGUCAGUGUCCAAAUUUUAAGUUUGCCAUCAUGCAUUUUAUGAAUUGUAUUACCAACAGUAGUUACUAGAUCCAAGACGCAUGCAUCUAUCGGGAAUGUGGACCACACACCAUAUUUUUCAACUGCAAUACAGACGUUUAGCUUGUUCAUAUGACACAAACUCACUUGGAGUGUUGUUGAAUGAAAGUGUCCAUCACUGACUGACCAAGCACUGAACUUUAGUACAUGCGGAUGCUUCAUGCCAGGGUGAAAGGUUCUGUGUUGCUGGCAUCUCCAUGGUGUCAAAGAGGCUGUUUUCGCUGUUGUAAUUUAAUUACAACAAAUGCAUCAAAGGUUUACUCGAGCCUAUCCUAGUGAUACAAAGCUCUUGCCGUCUUGAGGACGCUUUACGCGUAACCUCUAGUAUCACUGAGAUUCGGUCAUAAAUCAUGAUUUUCAGAAAAGGCAAGCUAAAAAUCCAGCCUAAUUUGAUAAUGAAGUGGUAUACUACGAGUGCGGUCUCCCGAGUCGUUAUGUUUGCACAAUAAUUCUCUCCCAUUUUGCUAUCGGUAUUUGCAACGAAGCAGGCUGUCUACACUGCCUAGUUUCAACACUCGGUCACCUGUACUGACACAUAUAAAACAAAUAAGAAGUCUUGAAUCACCCUAAACUGAUAAUGUGCACCAGCAGAGCAUGGUAGCAUUGCUGUCAACGCUGCCAUAGGAAAGUUUUAUGUUUAAAGCUGAAGUUGAACAAUUAUGUGCAAACAAUCAGUACUCGACGUUCCCAGGACUCAUAAUGUGUUUUAAUCAACAACCGGCUUUUACCUCGUAUUGUUAUUCAAGUUUUUAAUCAUUAUCCUAUGUGAGGUUUGUCUGAAGAUUUUCCUAAUGUAAUAAGGAGAGAUGUGUCACAGUAAUUUAGAUUUUGUAGUUUAGCGGAAAUGUUUCAAUAAAUUUGUGAUAUGACAAAUCAA